GCUGCUCAGUGUCACGUGUACAUGUUUAUUAGGGCUAGGUCUCCAUUGUUUGAAGGCUAGACCUACUGCAUUUUUGUUGCCUCAUACAAUUGUAUCCGGUCGCCCCGUGGGUCUCUCUGGAAAUCUAAGCGCUGUUGGGAGUUUUGUUCCUUGUGGUUCUUUGGAUUGGAGUCAAAUAGGUUACCCACAGCAUUGGAAAAUAUCUACAUUGUUUGUCAUCGUAUUUAGGCGUGGAAGAAAUCAAAUAGCGCAAUAAUGGCAGCCCCUCCACCACCAUACGAACCACCCAAGCAACAGGGGGGCCCUCCUCCACAGGGCUAUCCUCCGCAACAAGGCUACCCUCCCCAACAAGGCUACCCCCCUCAGCAGGGUUACCCCCCUCAGCAGGGGUACCCCCCUCAGCAGGGGUAUCCCCCUCAACAGGGGUACCCCCCUCAGGGAUACGCACCCGCACCCGUGCAAACCCAGGGCGCACCCGGUGUGGUGGUGGUACAGACCGGGGCCGCGCAGCCUGCAGUACAACAGACCAUCGUGACUACUGUUCAGCAGCGACCCCGUGUGAACCACUUGCUGCAUCUGCUGAUCACCAUCUUCUUCUGGCCAUGGAUUAUCGUCUGGAUCAUUCUCUGCAUGGCUGAAGGCUGCUAGGAGUCUGGACUGCAGGAAUGGACAGGAGUGCCUUAUAGCGUUAAUAACUUGGAACAGGUGACAUUCCUUCAAACUAGAAAGGUAGACCAAAAAAAUGGGGACCUUGGUAAUUUGUCAAAGUAUUCAAAUAAUAUCCCAACAUAAUUAAAGUUGUUUAUUUGAUUGGAUUGGAUUUUGAUUAAAAUAAAUUGAGGUGGGUUGCUUAAUUUUAAGCACAGGUCAAAGACCUUGUUAAUGCAAAUCAAAGGUCAUGGUCAUAUCAAGGACAUAUGCAAAUGAGUUUUAGCACUUUCAGAUGCAACAGUCACACCUGGGGGGGAUGCUUGAAUGAAGGGGACUAAUUGUAGGCUUAUUUCUGACUGACACUAAAAAUUGUUAAAAGUGGUUUUAUAAGCAGAGUGAUCAAGAAUAUUUUUCUGCCAAAAAAAGCACAAAAGCGUUGUCCAUUUCAAUGAUUUAAAUUCUAAUAUUUCUUCUUUUUUUGGGGGGGGAUAGUACUGGUUUUAGGGUAUCCAUAAAGGUGUACUGUGAUAGUAUUUUGAGUGUCAAUAUAACAUUAUUUUUGUUUGAGCUUGUCUGAAAAAAAGAGUAAUAUGAAUCAUGUCACACAAAUGUUUCGAGCUGUUAAAAACAAGGGUGUGUACCAUAGCAAUUGAAGUUUUGCAUGCCGAGAGUUUGAUUGUUUUUGAAUCAUGUAGUGAAAGUGAUUUGCAUGUUCUUGUAGAUAUUGUGUGUCCAUUGAGAAAUUCCUUUCCUUAAAAGUUUUUUAGGGUAUAAAAAACCAUGUACUUUAAUAUAGCAUAAAUACUUGAGGCUUCAUACAUGUAAGUGCUUGUUAAACUUAAAAAAUUGUUUUCACUGUUUUGGAUUUUUUUCAGAAAUGCAAAUUUAUGCAAGUAAAUACUCAUAGGAGUCAAAACAAUCACAUACUGUUUUGUACAAUGGUAGAUACAAAUCUUCGAUCUGAUUCAAAAGGAAAUAGAUCGAUCUGAUCAAAAGGAAAUACUCUUAAAUUUCUCUCAAAACAUAUGAAAACAGUUUUUUACACAAUCAUGAAAUACAAUUGUACGUUUAGUUUUCAAGUUCUGAAAUUUAUUCAAGUACAUGUACAUGUACUUGUUUUGGGCGUCUUUAUGAUUUUUCCCCAAUUUUUUUUACACUGAAAUAUGAAACCAUUGUCAGCAAAACUGUUUCUGCGUGGGCCUUUUAUGUAUUUAUUGCCAAUCAUAAAUCUUGGUGCAUUUCCCUACAAGUGUGGGCUGGUUGGCUUGUGUAAAGAUACUAAGUCCGAUACGACAAUCAAAUAGGUUUCUUUUUACGACUCUUGCAAUGGUAAAACUAAACUAGGAAGCACUUGGCUUUUACAUACAGCACAUGAACAUGAACAUAUGAAGUGGUGCAUAGCCAGAACACACCCUUGUGAACUUUUGCCGACGUACAUGUAGUUUGAUACCCGGAUAUGGCAAUGUACAUGUACACUUCACGGGCGACCAAGUGAAUCGCAUUAUGAAUAAGCAAAAUCUUAUUGUUCGAGUGAAGUUGAAGUAGCUGCAGAGCCAUGUGAAUAGGGCCUCGCCUUUCAGUUUUCUAUUUAGUAUGAAUGCAUUUCUGGAAAUUGCAAGGGGGGGGGGGGGGUUGGUUGCUGGUCUGUGAUGGUAACAGUGCGUUCUGUCACAUCAGGUUGCUAUAAGGGACAAUGUGCAUUCCCCAACUGAGUUUAUGGUGGUUUUAUAGCCAUUGUACACACUGUUGUGGGUCGCGGGCUAGCUUGGGGCUUCUUCAACAGUAUUCUAAGCACACUGUUGGUUAAAUAAUAACAAUUGGCUGAAUAAAAGUUUAGGCCUUGCUGUUCAAGUAGUAUUUAGCGUACAUGUGAAGUUAAACUUCAUAUUGUCUGUUUUUGGUAACGAACCUUAUGCACGGCAGCAAUAAAAUUGGCUUCUAUUUUUAUAAAUUAUGUUGUAACAACAAACGAACAACUCCACUUUUGUCAACUCAUGCCAAUCCUAGCGGAACAAAAACAUAUUUUUUUUUGCUGCUGUGCAUUAAAGUUGCAUUGCCAGCUUUACAUUGAAAAAAAUUUGUUGCAAGUAUUUCUGUAACUACUUUAAGUAUAUUUUUGUCAACUUUAUUACCAUUUGUGCCUUUCUUUAAAUUGUGUCGCUUAUUUUUGUGUUUAUAUCAAGUCAUUUUCAAUACAGAUCAAAGAAGCCUUUGAAUUGAAGUAUGAAAUCUGUGUAUAAAAAGUGGACUGUAGAUAUUCCUUUGAUUGCUACUAAUCAUGAAAAAGCUUGCUGAACAAAUGCAGUUCUUGAUUGGGUUAUGUUUGGGGCCCUCUAUUGAGUCAUGUGACCAUGUACAGGUAUUCUCACAAUGUACAAUUACUAUACAUAAGAUGGAAUUUGCAUCGGGGUGAUGUAAAUUUAAUAUUAGGUUUUUUGCCCUUCACGGACAUAUAAACACUGUAUACUCGGUGUGUUGCCUGCCGAGUGAAAGUUGGAAAAAAUGGUUUCCAACUGGUUCGAAUCGGUUCGAAUCGGAUGUAGCAGCGGGUACCGCAGCGAAACUAUUCAUAAAAUGAAAUUCAAUUUGCGUUCUGGGUAUGAGUCCCACCCAGGUGAUUUGUUUUCGAAGUUUCACUCGGGAGGUAACACACAAGAGUAUUCAGUGCAUGUACGUCUGUGAAGGGCAAAAAAACCCUAAUUAUAAAUGUACAUUUACUUGGACAAGAUCACGCUAGAAGAGAUCAUGACUGGGCAGUGUACCUUAAAUGACUUAAUAUACACUUGCUUGGAAAAUAUAUCAAAAUUACCUACUUUACUGCAUUUUAUGCAUUUACUCUUUACAGUAAACCUGAAUUUGCUUAUUUGAUUGUAUCUGCUUUUGUUUUGUUGCGGACCAAAGUUUAUCUGCUUAAGUUUAUCUUGAAUUAGUCCAUGAAAGCAUUUCCUGGCAGUAGAUUUGUGCAUUUUCUUCUUGGCCAACACAUU